AUGUCCGAUGCCGCCGCCAUGGACCGCGGUGGAAAUGAAAGAAAUACCCGGGUGACGACUCGAGGUACCCUGAACUUGAUGUCGGAGACACUUUCGACAUCGUACGGAGACGACCCGACUGAAUGGAUGAUGCAAGUGGAGGACACACUGGAACUAAUGAUACUCGGAGACCUAAUCAACCUAUCGCUGCCACGGCCAGAAAUCGAUGACCCAUCUUACUGUAGAUGGUCAUACUGGUCGGCAUCAGUAGGAAGAUGGAUAGGCCUCCAGGUAGACAAAGAUACGAGAACUCGCCUCGCUGGCCUCGCGGAGGGACCAAAGAUGGCCGAUGUGCUUUUUGAUGAGCUCGUCAGCUAUACGCGGGGAGGAGAGAGAUCAGACAACCUGAUGAUCGACAUUUACAAGCUCGCGGACAUGAAGAGAGAGCACUUCAGCUCCGCAGAGGUAUACAUCACGAGUUACCAGAGGCAAAUCAGCAUCCUACGCCAUGUCAAGCUAGCGCCAUUGCCAUUUCACGCCGUUGCAAUAAUGCUCUGA